AAAAAUAUUAUAGAAAUGGUUAGUCGUGAUAAUUAAGAAGAGCAGAAUGACCGCAAAUAAAAUGCAAUUAAUAAGAAAAAUUAUACCUUUUUUUGUUAGUAUUAAUAUCAGAAUAAAAAAAAAUCCAGGAGAUAGAUGAUCUACAGACUACUAUUCAUGCACGAUUACGUAUUGGUAAUACCAAAAGCCAUUCAGCUUCAAACUUAAAUUAAACUUAAAUUAAUUUCUAUAAUAAAAAUUUUCUACAAAUUCAAACAAUGUCAGGACCUAUUAUACCAAUAACUGUCACUGAAGAUUCAAAUAAUGAAUGGACUAAUUGGCUUGAAGAAGCUAUUGCAAAAAAUUAUUUUAAAUAUUAUGAAUAUAAUCAUUUUAAUAAUAUUGAAGAAAUUGGUUCUGGAAGUUUCGGAAAAGUCUACCGUGCUAAGUGGAAAAGUUCUCAUAGUUAUUUAGCGUUGAAAACUUUUUUUAAUUUCAAUAAUAUCACAACUAAAGAAGUUGUUAAUGAGCUUAGACUUCAGCGCGAAGUGGAUUUCCAUGAAAAUAUUAUUCGUUUCUUUGGCAUUACAACACAAAAUCAAAAUGAUAGCUCCAUAAAAUAUUGGUUAAUAAUGGAAUACGCUGAUAGUGGUACUCUUCAAGAGUAUUUGAAAGAACAUUUUCAUAAUCUUACUUGGAACAAUAAACUUAACCUAGCAUUUCAGCUAGCUCAUGCUGUAUUAUGCUUACACGAUGAAGGAAUCGUUCAUCGUGAUCUGCACUCUAAAAAUGUAUUAAUCCAUCAAAAUGUCAUAAAGUUGGCUGAUUUUGGUUUAUCAAAAAGGAUUGAUGAAGCAUAUAAAUCACGAUCGGACUUAUUUGGUGUAGUUCCAUAUAUUGAUCCAAAAAAAUUCAGUUUUCAACAAUAUUCUUUAAAUAAAAAGAGUGAUAUUUAUAGCAUUGGUGUACUUCUUUGGGAAAUAUCAAGUGGUCAGCCGCCCUUUAAGGGAAUGUCAUCUUAUAGUUUAAUUAUACAAAUUUCACAAGGACUUAGAGAAACGCCACUUCCUGACACACCUACUGCUUACAUUAAUCUUUAUACUGAAUGUUGGAAUUAUGAGCCAGACAAUCGUCCAACUAUCAUUCAGGUAGUUGAUAAAUUAAAAGCAUUAAAAAUUAGUCAGACUAAUAUUAAUUUUAAUAUAGUGGUUGACGAGAUAGUUGUUCUUUAUGAAAAAGAAAAUAAUAAAGUGUUUAAACAGAAUAAUCUUAAUUAUCUUAAUGAUAGUUAUAAUAUGACAUUACAAGAAUUUUAUAAUUGGUUAUUGAGUGAUCAAAAUAAUUCCAAUUCUAUUCUUUUACUUGGAGUGUUUAAUCAUUUAGGAAUUGGAAUUAGUAUUGACAAUAAUAAGGCAUUUGAAUUGUAUCAAAAAUCAGCAAAUUUAGGAAAUGGAAUGCAAAUGGAAUAAAUAAUUUAGGAUAUUGUUCUAAAAAUGGAAUUGGAACUGAUAUCAAUGAAAAAAUGGCAUUUGAAUUAUAUCAAAAGGCUGCAAAUUUAGGGAAUGUAGCUGGAAUAAAUAACUUAGGACAUUGUUAUGAAAAGGGAGUUGGAACUAACAUUGACAAUAAUAAGGCAUUCGAAUUGUAUCAAAAAUCAGCAAAUUUAGGGAAUGUAGCUGGAAUAAAUAAAUUAGGAGAUUGUUAUGAAAGGGGAGUUGGAACUAACAUUGACAAUAAUAAGGCAUUUGAAUUAUAUCAAAAGGCUGCAAAUUUA